AUGACGUAAGUGCUCUCUGUACAUCCGUCAUUAAUUUGCAGUCUGUACUUAGGGAUACCCGAUUUGACUAGUUUGUAGUUCUGUUUUAACAAACAAAAAUGGAAUUUCAAUGAGUGUACUUAUAUUCAAAAAACAUAAUAUUGGUGCGAAAUCAUUAGAAACUGAAUCUCACCGUAACUUGAAAGACUGGCGCUUCGACUUCUACUCCAUCAUCCAAGAUACUCUGGAGUCACAAAGAAGAUAAUAUGUGUAAUCAAUCGCAUAACAAACGCUUUUUUUCGUAAAGAUCACAAAGUAGUUAUGAAAAAGUGUUCAAAGCAGAAAAUCUCACCUUCAGUGCACCUUCCGUCAGCCCGUGCAUCUUGCCCCUGUACGAUUUUUACCUUCUUAUCCCUUCGAUGCUCCUCUAUCGGCUUUCUUCAAAAGAUUUAGCGUCUCUCCGCACGACGUUGGCUAUUCCAAGCUUCAGGAAGAUCCUCUUGCAUUGCAAUGUCGGCAUAAUCUCAAAGCCGACAGCCGAGUGCAGUUCGUCACCGUGAGAGCAGAUGAUUUUACGCCGUUUUUUGUUUUUUUCCAAACUGCCGUCGCACACAAAUAAAGUUACAGAAAUGUCGAAAACCCCAGCACGAGGCUGGCUCGAGCCGAAAAAACAGACGGAACCACAUUCAGCCAAAAGCAAGCCGAUCGCUCGAGUUCGGCCUGUCAAUAUUGUUCCAUCUAUGAACGUCGUGACGGGGCCUCCGGCUUAUUCGAAUGCCACAGUUUUUCUGACAUCAACGUCGAAGCCCGCUGCGCCUCCGAAAGCUCAGAGGACACCGAAUAACGACCAGCCGAGAAGCUCGCAAGCGCACAAGACUUCGAAAGCUGCCGGUGGGCCUUCGAAAAGCAGUGGCAACGUCGUCAAAAUCGUCAAUAUUAACGUGAUCAAUGUUAAUAACGCCAGCGAUAAGUUAACGAAAUUGAAGCUGAGCAACGAAAGCAGCAGUAGCGUUAGCUGUAGUUCGAGAAACGACGUUAAACAAAAGCCAAAAGCAAGCCGGGCUCAUCAGCCUCAAAGCUCGCAAUCGGCGACACGAAAUACGCCCAAGACUGCUGGCAAGACUGCAGGAGUUAAGAAAAACGAAUCGAGCGGUCGUCGCCAAGGUGUCGUCGUCACGCAGAAACAAAGCUCAGUUUGCAGAAUUAUUAGUAAAUAAAGUGCGGGAAAGGCAGCGAAAUACGUGUAAGACUGCGCCAACAAAUGUUAAUAUAUAGUUAAGCUCAAUAAUUAAAGACUGUAGAGUUUAUAGUGUAAACGAAAUUAUAGAAUAUAUUAUUACAAUUAUUUAUACUACUCGCAA